AUGAUUACUAAAAUAGGAAAGUGUAAAUUUAUAUCAGAUAACCAGUCAUUCUGUUUACUUUUUAUAGAUUCUGCAAGAAAUCAAAAUAGAUUUUUAUAUUCUUUAGCUGAUGCAGGAUUAAUAGUUCCAAUUGAUUUACAAACAUAUGCGAUCAUCGAAAAACCUUCAAAUAUUCCAAAUGGAAAAUUUACAAAUUUAGAAAUGUCCGUUACACAGACAAUUCACUCCAUUUUUAGAAACAGAUUCAUGAAUUUAACAGAAGAACAGCUUCCAGAUCAUUUUCAAGAUUAUAAUGGUUACGCUGCCGCAUUUUUCGUUUCAUUAUUACAAAUUAAAGUUAAAAAAUGGAUUAAAGAGUCGGAAUCAAAUAUUUCAAUUAGUCCCGAUUUUGAUACCAAUAGAGCUACAGAAUGGUUGCUUUCGAAGACACAAGAAAAUUCGAAUAAUUACGCAGAAGCACAUAAAAAGAUUAAAGAUGCCAAUCCUAACCAAUCGAAACUAAUCAAAGUAGUCAAUAACGAUGCCGUACGCCACAGAACAGAAGACAAACAAUGGACUGAUAUAUUAAAUCGUACUUGCAUUGAAGUUUUGUCAUCAAUGAUUGCAGAGGGACAUAGUUAUUUACAAGGAGAAUAUGAUAUCAGCGCUAAGAUUGCUCUUACGCUUGGAAGCUCAGGAAAUUCAGAAACUAUUUACAAUGCAACGAAAUAUAUCUGUGAAUUUCUUAAGCUCGAGGACCGAGCAGGUGCAUCAACUAUUCAGCUCAUAUCUGAUGAAAUAUUUAACAUUUAUGAGAAAGCUUGCCCUGAAAUUUUCAAAUUUUUCAAGAAUCGUGGCUGGGAUAUUUUCAUUGUACUUGGAAAUGUUAUUCCACCAAUAUUUACACGAUCCUUUGAUGAUGUUUGGAAGUUAUGGUACUGGCUUGAGCAGAAAAAUGAAAAAAAUAAUUAUGCUUUCUCUUGUUUCUGCGGAGCUGUUAUGCUUAUGAUGAUUCCAGAAAUUUCAAGCCAUAAGACACUUAAAGUAGACUAUAUGUUAGAGUAUUGGGAUACAUCAUUACCAAAACUCGACUUGAACUCACUUUUAGACAUUUCUAACUAUUUGUAUCACAACUCACUCAACUAA